AUGAUGGCCACAAAACUGAGCUGUAUCGUAACAAGUCAGCGGAUGUGCGCAGAUGGUUGCAGGACAAAAGCAGCAAGCGGCCCGACAAGCAUCACGCUGCUUUGCCCAACGUCCUUUUCGAAGCAGCGACUGCCGGAAUUGACACGCGACUCCUGGACGACGACAAGACGAUCGAUAAGAUUCGAAAUAUUACCCGACUCAGAAGGAGAGGCAGGGAAAGAGGCUUUGCGAUCGCACAGUGUGUCUUCAACAGUGUGGACGCUGCGGCUUGGCUCAUACGAGCUUUUCUCUCCAUCCAUGAUGCUGCUCGCUCCUGCGGCGAUCGGAAGGCUGCUGAUUUUUUCCACAAUGGUGCCACUUCCUUGGACCGAAUGUGCGGUGGACGUCCUUUACGUGAUCGGCUCCUUUGCCUACACUGCGCAGAUGCUGUCGUUUACCUUCGUGGAUUGCCCUCAGCGAGGCAAGCGACAGGCAUUGUGCGGAGCGAACGUGGCCGAUGUGGUUGGCAGCAUGGCGAUCUUCGUGGCCUCCAUCAUACAGGCCAUCGGCUACUGUUCAGAUGAUUGGCCCAAUCUCCGAACGAAUUGA